AUGAGAAGUGAUAGUGUAGGAACUAAUAAGGAUUUUAUGAGAAGUGGUAGUGUAGGAACUAGUAAUGAUUUUAUGAGAAGUGAUAGUGUAGGAACUAGUAACGAUUUUAUGAGAAGUGGUAGUGUAGGAACUAGUAACGAUUUUAUGAGAAGUGGCAGUGUAGGAACUAGUAACGAUUUUAUGAGAAGUGGUAGUGUAGGAACUAGUAACGAUUUUAUGAGAAGUGGUAGUGUAGGAACUAGUAACGAUUUUAUGAGAAGUGGUAGUGUAGGAACUAGUAACGAUUUUAUGAGAAGUGAUAGUGUAGGAACUAGUAACGAUUUUAUGAGAAGUGGUAGUGUAGGAACUAGUAACGAUUUUAUGAGAAGUGAUAGUGUAGGAACUAGUAACGAUUUUAUGAGAAGUGAUAGUGUAGGAACUAGUAACGAUUUUAUGAGAAGUGGUAGUGUAGGAACUAGUAACGAUUUUAUGAGAAGUGGUAGUGUAGGAACUAGUAACGAUUUUAUGAGAAGUGGUAGUGUAGGAACUAGUAACGAUUUUAUGAGAAGUGGUAGUGUAGGAACUAGUAACGAUUUUAUGAGAAGUGGUAGUGUAGGAAGUGAUAAUGAUUUUAUGAGAAGUGGUAGUGUAGGAACUAAUAAUGAUUUUAUGAGAAGUGGUAGUGUAGGAACUAAUAACGAUUUUAUGAGAAGUGAUAGUGUAGGAACUAAUAACGAUUUUAUGAGAAGUGGUAGUGUAGGAACUAGUAACGAUUUUAUGAGAAGUGGUAGUGUUGGAAGUGAUAAUGAUUUUAUGAGAAGUGAUAGUGUAGGAAGUGAUAAUGAUUUUAUGAGAAGUGGUAGUGUAGGAAGUGAUAAUGAUUUUAUGAGAAGUGGUAGUGUAGGAACUAUUACAGAAACUUAA